AUGCGUCACUUCUCUUCCGCGCUCCUGCUGCUGGCUGCGACGGCUCUAGUCAGCGCUCUGCAGGAUCCCCACGAGUAUGCAGCAAAGCUCGCUCGCGCCAGUCAAGACUCGCCGGGUGGGAAGACGGCUCACAAAGACGGAUCGGGCUGCCAGGAUUCGGCUAAACAUAGCGUGGGGGCUUUCUCCAAUCCGAAGACCGCGAGAUUCGCGGUCAAGGGCAACAAGUUACCAGAUGUCAACUUCGAUAUUGGCGAGUCUUAUGCUGGCACGCUGUCGGUUACCAAUGUCUCGAGUGCCGCCGAUCGACUGUAUUUCUGGUUCUUUCCGUCUGCGAACCCGGCUGCUAAGAAGGAGAUUGUCAUCUGGUUGAAUGGCGGGCCGGGAUGUAGCUCUAUGCAGGGCGUUCUUCAGGAGAAUGGUCCGCUUUUGUGGGCGCCGGGAACCUACGAGGCGGUCCCGAAUCCAUACAGCUGGACGAAGUUGACGAAUGUGGUCUAUAUUGAUCAGCCAGUGGGCACUGGGUUCUCUCAAGGCAAUGUACCGGUCAACAAUGAGACGGAUGUCUCUAGGCAUUUCCUAGGAUUCUGGAAGAACUUUGUCGACACCUUCUCUCUGAAAGGAUACAAGGUCUACAUCACAGGUGAAAGCUAUGCUGGGCAAUACAUCCCAUAUAUUGCCGCCGCCAUGCUUGAUACUGGAGACAAGAGCUAUUUCAAUGUCUCUGGUAUCCAGAUCAAUGAUCCCCUCAUCAAUUACCCGGCUACUAUGCGAGAGGUCACUGUUAUACCGGCUCUAGAACGCUACAACAAUGUCAUACCCUUGGACGAACCCACCGUGACCCUACUCAAGUCACAAGCGGAUUCGUGUGGCUAUACAGACUUCCACAAUAAUCACACUAAUAACUUCCCGCCCACUGGGCCGAUCCCCGAACCUCCUAGUCCUUCAGCACCUGGGUGUAAUCUCUGUUCCAUAGCACCGAACUGUAGUCUGUACGCCCUAGUCGUUGUCGCCGCUCUCCAAAAUAAUCCAUGCUUCAACAGCCUCCACCUGACUGACUUUUGUCCCUACCUCUGGAAUGCUCAAGGAUACCCAUCACUCGCUGGGGGCCCCAACAACUACUUCAACCGCUCCGACGUCCAGAGGGCCAUCAAUGCACCAAAGACAGACUACUACGUCUGUCUACCCCGGCCAAAUCUCUUCCCCCGGGAAGACACUUCCCUCCCAUCCGGCCUCGGCCCUCUCCCUUCUGUGAUCGAGCGCACCAAGAACGUCAUCAUAGCCCACGGCAUGCUCGACUUCCUCCUGUUCGCCGAAGGCUCUCUCAUCACCAUCCAGAACAUGACGUGGGGCGGUCUCCAGGGCUUCCAGUCCCGUCCCAGCGCAAGCAAGAACUUCUGGGUCCCGUUCCACGACAGCAUCGAGACCAUUAUCGGACUCGUCUCGGCGCCGCUCCCAAACCCUGCUCCGCAGUAUAACACCGCUGGUGCUGGACACCAGGGCACGACGCACAGUGAGAGGGGGCUGACGUUUGUGACGGUGGAUUUGGCAGGUCACUUCAUGCCGCAGUACACCCCUGGUGCGGCUUUCAGACAGCUCGAAUUCCUUCUGGGGAGGAUCUCAAGUUUGGAACAGCGUGGACCGUAUACUGCAUAG